AGCAGCAGCCAGGACGGGAGUGCGACAUCGUUGCCAUCCUAGGGAAAACAUGGGCCAUCUCGGGAGUGCACGCACUAUUAGCCGGCUAUUAGUGUUCUGGCAACGGCAGCGAGAAGUUCGGUCACCGUGAAACGAUGUGUAGUGCCGUGAGUGACAGAAGAAGUCAUUAGAACUAGCCGCCUACAGUGUGCGAACAUCCCGAAAGCGAACAUCCAUCAAUGUUGCUCAUCACCAAUCAGCCAGAGAGCUGUUGCCAGAAUGUGCGACUAUCGGAUAGUCAUCGAAGAGUGGACGCAAAGUAGCGAGGAUGCCACUGCAUUAGUCGCCGAAGACGAUCGCGCCAAAGGGCUACAAGUUAACAUCGGACCGCAACAUCUUCGCCAGUACGGCCGAUCGACCGACCGAUCGACCGACCGAUGCAGUGCACUUGCGUAGGUGGUAGGCGUAUGUUAGAGAUCUUCCCAAAUUCUAGUCACCAACCUCCUGCUCGUGACACACUCACACGAGCGAACAAAAUCGAACUUCGAAAUCCUUACAUAACACGUGCACUAGCUGCACUCGGUGCGGUGCUGCAACAGCUAUGCAACCGCUUGCAUUAACUCGAUCUCGCAUGUUGCACUGAAGGGCCACGGUGUGCGUCCGCCGUGGAGCCUGUGCACGGCCUGGCCAAACGGUUCCGGAGAUACUGGGUAUCCAGCAGCAGGAGCAGCGAUUGUGCUAUGUGUCGUGCAUCGUGUAUCUAGGACUUGUGAAGAAGACGAGGAAAGAUAUUGAGUGAGAGAUCCCAGGUCCAGGUGUUCCACUACCAGCGAUAUAGCUCCAUGGAUUUCCUGCUCGGUGGUUGUGCCGCAACGUGUGCCGGUUUCUUCAGCAACCCGUUCGAUGUGAUCAAAACCCGCCAACAGCUCCACGGUGAGCUGUUGAGCAGGACGGUAGUAGCGACCGGUACGGGGCCGGCUAGCGAUGGCAACGGUGGUCAACAGACCCGCAAUCCGUACCGUUCCGUGUUCAAAUCCUUCCGUACGAUCCUCAAAUCGGAAGGAGUACUGGGGCUACAAAAAGGACUGGUGUCCGCGCUCGCCUUCCAGUUCACGAUGAACAGUGUACGGUUGGGGAUCUACCAGACGGCCGAGAAUUACGAUUGGACGCGGGGCGACAGCAAAGCGGGCACCGUCUUCUACUCCAUUCUUUGGGGUGGCUUCAGUGGAGUGAUCGGUUCGACGAUCGCCUGCCCACUGUACAUGAUCAAGACGCAGAUACAGGCACGAUCGCACGGCAAGUACGCCGUCGGUUAUCAGCACCGGCACACGAGCACUCUGGACGCCCUGACGGGCAUCUAUCGGACGCAGGGUGUACGGGGACUGUGGCGAGGAUACAAUGGGAUCGCCACACGGACCGCUAUCGGUUCCUCGGCCCAGCUCGGUACCUUCUCCACGUUUAAGGACUUUUUCGUGCAGUUUGAGUUCUUCCGAGAGUCGGUAGCGUUUACGGCGUUUGCGGCCAGCAUGAUCAGUGGGUUCUUCACCUGCGUCUUCAUGUCACCAUUCGAUGUGAUAGCGACGCGUCUCUUCAACCAAGGUGUGGAUGCGAACGGGAAAGGACUGCUGUAUCGGAGCGUAGUGGACUGCUUUUCGAAGACACUGCGGGCCGAGGGUCUGUAUGGAUUGUAUAAGGGCUUCGUACCGAACUACUGGCGCAUCGCACCGCACACCAUCCUUAACCUGACGUUCUGGGAUCAGUUUAAAGCCUGGCGAGAUCUUUACUUUGGAUGAAGGGCUUCCGUGACUCAUUUUUGUUGGAUUUUGUACACCGUUGCUUAUUAGCUUAGAUAGCCACCGCGAUUACAAGGCAACUAAAACCAGCGAUGCUUAUUUGCACCGAUGGCAGAAAAAAUGAGAAUAAAAUAGCUUUACGAUUGAACUAGCCCUUUGUGACUGCCAG